GCCCGUGGAGCCGGAGGAGGAGCCGGACUCCAGCCCCAGCCCCCCGGAGAGAGACAGCAUGCACAAGUCCAUGACCCUGAUGAGACACCUGCUGGUAGACGCCCAGGCCAAAAUCGUGAAAAUGAUGGAUGACAAUAAGCAGCUGGCACAGAGGAUAGAUGGGGCCAUCCAGUCGGCGAGCCAGGAGGUGACCAACCUGCGCUCCGAGCUCAGUGCCACCAGCCGCAGACUGGCCGAGCUGGGAUCGUGUAACCCGGUUUCACUUCGUGGAAACCAACAGACUCACCAUCAUCAUCAUCAUCAUCACCAUUUGCAUGAGCCGUCUCCUCACCACCGGCAGAAGGCGCCCAGCACUGACCUCUGCUACAAAAGUGAAGUCAGCAGUUUGAUGGACUUCCACUCCCCAGACGCUUCUCUCGACAAAGUUCUUCUUCGGGAGGAGGUGGCGCAGUUGCAGGAGGAGGUCCAGCUCCUGCGUCAGAUGAAGGACAUGCUGAGUAAAGACCUGGAGGAGACUCAGGGGGGCUGCUCCGCCGACGUGCUCUCUGCCACCGAGCUACGAGUUCAACUGGCCCAUAAGGAGGAGGAGCUGGACCGGGCCAAAGAGGCACUGCAAGCCAUGAAGUCUGACCGUAAGCGUCUGAAGGCGGAGAAGGCCGACCUGGUGAAUCAGAUGCAGCAGCUGUACGCCACUCUGGAGAGCCGCGAGGAGCAGCUCCGAGACUUCAUCCGCAACUACGAACAGCACCGGAAGGAGAGCGAGGACGCGGUGAAGGCUCUGGCCAAAGAGAAGGAUCUGCUGGAGAGAGAGAAGUGGGACCUGAGGAGACAGACCAAGGAGGCCACAGAGCUCACAGCCCUGCUCCGCACUCAGCUCGACCUCAAGGAGAACCGCAUCAAGGAGCUGGAGGCGGAGCUCGCCAUGGCCAAGCAGUCCCUUGCCACCCUGACCAAGGACGUCCCGAAGCGGCACUCCCUGGCCAUGCCCACCGAGGCUGUGGUCAACGGAAACAACCAGGAGUGGGUGAUGCAGGCUGACCUCCCCCUGACCGCCGCCAUACGUCAGAGCCAGCAGACCCUCUACGUACACACCGGACACCCCAGUGACAGACAAGUGGCGGCGGUACGGGUGAGCCCCUGCCACUCGCGCCAGCCGUCUGCCCCGUCUGACGCCUCAGCCAUGGAAGCUGACAGGUCCUCCACGCCCAGCGACCUCAACUCUCCUCGCCACCGGACACACUCCCUUUGCAAUUCCCUCGAAGAUUUGGAGGAGGCGAAGCGUAAGAAGAAAAAGGAGAAGAUCGGUCUGGGGUCGCUGUCACGAGUCUUCACCCGAGGAAAACAACGCAAGUCCCUGGACCCCGGUCUGUUCGAUGGUACUUCAACCCCCGAUUAUUACAUAGAAGAGGACGCAGAUUGGUAAAACUAAAGCACAUUAUGUCAGAACGAGCCUAUACCAGAGCCCAGCGGCAUUAUGGGAAAUCUACUGUGAGUGGAGGUGUGUGAGAGAGAGCGUGAGUGUGAGAGUGAAGGGAUAGCUCGAUGUUUUGUGGUUCAAUGAAGUGGUUAGGUGUUGUUACGUUUUGUGCAGGGCGUUGUGUUCCAGGUUUGGGGAAGAAGCUGUUAUAAAGUAAUGGGGAAAAUGGAGGCAAAUGGAGCCAACCUAUUGUAACAAAGUAACUGCGAAAAAAGAAUAUGAAAUUAAAAUGAGUUGGAAUUGAAUAUUUGAGAACUUUUUACUUGUCAGACUUAAGAUUAUUUGAUUUGUUUAACUUAAAGGAGUAUGAAAAUUGUACUUAUAAGACAGGGGUGUCCACAUUUUUUCAUCAAGGGCCACAUAUCUAAACACAGACGAAGCAGAAGGUCGAUCGAGGGCCGUAGACUGAAGCUCAGUACAGUGAAUAAUUGAAAUAUGUGCACGUUUAAACACUUUAGAAUGAGUCUUUAUUCAUGCUAAGAACCGUAAAACCACACACUAAAUAUUAAAUAUGAGCUUUAUCAAGGUCGAUUUAAAAAAAAAAAAAAAAAAAAACUUAGUAAAGCAGCAGUGAAAAGCUCAUUUUUAAUUGAUGCAAGGUAAUUUGGGCCAAUUCACCUGGAAGUCUGAGGGCCGCAUUUGGCCCACGGGUCAUAGUUUGGACGUGCCUGUUAUAAGAGAAAUUUAUUCCACUGGCUGAUAUAUACUGUAUACUAGUACUUUGUAAUAAUAAAACAUGCACAAAAUAAUAAUACUAAAAUUCUAAAUCCAGUGUAUUCUUUUUCACAGUGUAGUGAGACUUUAAUGAAGAAUAAUAACUUGACUGAAGAUAUUUACAACUAGAAUUCAGCAUAUAGGCUUUAUUUACACUUGUGUCACAAACCAGGAAGACGUUUAUGAAACAUGCAAUGACAACU